AUGACCUCAUCGACACCUUCGGCUUAUUAUGCACGCCAUCCCAUUGAAAAAGCAGUCUCUGAUCUUGGAACUAAUUUAGAGACUGGACUUUCGUCCAACGAGGCUAUUAAUAAAAGGAAAGCAAGUG